AUGCGAACACUGGUGAUUUUGUCGGCUCUCUUGGGUGCGGUUUACUGCGGCGGAGGCGGAGGUUGGUCAGGAGGUGGCGGGGGCGGUGGCGGUUGGUCGGGAGGUGGCGGCGGCGGUGGUGGUGGGACAACUUACCUCAUCAAAGAAAUCGGCGGUGGAGGUGGUGGCGGUCACGGUGGCGGAGGAGGAGGAGGCCACGGCGGCUGGUCGGGGGGCGGAGAAAGCAAGGGUGAAACAGUAAUCCUGAAGAGCAUCCCAAAUGAAGGACAUGGUCACUUGAAAAAAUCGACCUUCGUCUUCAAGAGCUCACACGGGGGCGGUGGUGGCGGAGGUUUCGGAGGGGGCUUCGGCGGCGGCGGCGGUGGUGGCCACGGCAAAGGGGGUGGAAAGAAAUACAUUGUCACAAAAGUCAAAGGGGGUGGUGGCUGGUCGAAGGGUGGAUGGUGA